AUGUCUAACAACCACGCACCCGUCGCGGCCCACGCGCCCCAAUCCCUCCCCUCCUUCGCGCAGACAUUUGGCACGCAACCACUCCCCCGCCCACCGCCAAACGGAAACGCCAAUGCCCUUCCCCCCCUCCAGGCUACCGACCCCAACUCCCGCAGUCGUCCCUCAAGUGAAGACCUCCCCCCGAUCGCUGGCGCAGGACGGAAGCGCACACACCAAGAUGUAGACAGCGCAAGCGAGGAUGAGGACCAGUCGGGCAGAGAAGACUCUGCACGUGCCUCGCAGGUCAAGAUCGAAGACGAACACGACCAGCUCGAGGGCAGCCCCCCGCCCGAGCGACGCACCCACGGCGAGGAGUCCUCUGCGGCCGGGCACGCCCGCGAUGCCAAGCUCUCGAAAAGGCGUCGUACCAUCGGCGAGACCCCGCGUCUGAAUAUCGACGUGCGCGUCCCCACGGACCAGAACGGCGGCACGCCCAUUUCGCCUGUCGUGAUGGGCCUCCCCGCCAUGCGCAAUCCCGCCGACCUCGACAAAGUCAGGUCCAUGAUAUCUGUCCGCCAACAGCAGGAAGAACUGAUCGCUCAGCGGCGAUCCAGCGUGAGCGGGCCCUCGUCGGCCUCCAUGCUGCCUGGGCCGUCCUCGCCAAAGACUCAGUCCACUGCAAGAGCGUCUCGCCGCGGUUCCCCUCCCCCCAUCUCCGCCCACCGACUUGCGCACGGCCGCCGCUCGCGGCCUUCCAGUCCGACCGCGCUUAUCGGACCAGCGCAGCCGCCUCCGCCUCAGCACGUCGUCCCCAGCCAGGGCCACGGCAUCCCUCCCACUCAAUCUCUCCCACCACCUCCGAUCAGCUUCGCUCGCCGGCGCGCCGCCCAACUUGGUUCGGGGAAGAAGAAGCCGGCCGAUCUGAACAUCAGCCCACGGGAGGCGCACACGCCCGAGCAGCUCCAACCCGCCAUUCAGAGCGCGCCUCCUAUCCCACACGGCGGCCAGUCGUCCUACGGACGCUUCCCGAUGAGCAUCCCUCGGCUGCCGUCUGUCCUCGGUCACGAUAAUUCGCGAAGCAUGGUGACAGGGCAGGUGCCACCGACGCCGACACGCUUCUCUGUGAAUCGCGGGCCUGCGCCCCCCGCAAUUACCGUCACACAACCUAUCUCGAACUUGCGGAAAUCCCCACCGACGCCCUCGGUACCAAUAUCGACAGGCCUUGUGCCACCUACACCGACAACGCUCAGGCAUCCUCCAGCUCAGGACAAGGCCGCUUUCCUCGCUCCCUUUGAACUAUUCUACGAGGCCUUGAACGACUCUCGCCAGCUCAAAGGCUGGCUAGCCGAGCAGCUGCAGCGCUCGCAAGCCCUCGCGCACAACCUUUCUGCCCAGCAGAAGGAGCUCGCCGAGACUGUCGACGCGCUGGUAGAGAAGCGCACCGCGGGCAUGCGUGCCGAGAUAGCGGGCCUGCAGCGGCGCGUGGAAGAGCUCGAGGACGAGCUUCGGUACGAUACAAGAAUGCGCGGAAGGCGGAACGGCGCGGAGCAGCAGCCGUACACAUUCCCACCCGACCCGCCACGCUCGGCGCAUUUUAAGCCGCCCUCGCUCGCCGGGUGGUCCUCGGAGAACGACCGGGAGCACAUUCGCGAGAACGCAGGUGCGUGGAUAGAGCCGCUCGUCAUCCUCUUCUACGGCGGAUAG